AUGCUUAUAGUAGGUUUGACAGGAGGUAUAGCAUGUGGAAAAUCAACAGUAUCAAAAGAAUUACAAACUAAAUAUAAUUUAAAAAUAAUUGAUGCAGAUUUAAUUGCAAAAGAAGUUGUUGAACCUAAAAAACCAGCUUAUAAUAAGAUACUACAAGAAUUUCAAUCUCAAAUCCCUAAUUUGGUGAAUGAAGAUGAAUCAUUAAAUCGUGGAGCUUUGGGUACAUAUGUAUUUGAAAACAAAUCGGAGUUAAAGAAAUUAAAUUCAAUAAUUCAUCCAGCUGUAAAAUGGGAAAUUAUAAAACAAAUUGCACAAUCAUAUUUCAAACUCAACUCAAUGGUAAUAUUAGACGUUCCAUUACUUUUUGAAUCUGGAUUAUAUUUAAUUUGUGGUAGUAUAAUAACAGUAUCAAUUUCACCAUCAACUUUACAAAUUGAUAGAUUAUUAGAAAGAAAUCCAGAAUUGACGGAAUUGGAUGCACAAAAUAGAAUUAAAAAUCAAAUGUCAAUGAAUGAAAGAAAUUAUAGAAGUGAUUAUGUACUAGAUAAUUCUGGUUCACUAAAGGACUUACAACUUCUGAUCAAAAAAUUGAUAACUAAAAGAAAACCAAAUUUUGCACUGACUUUAAUUGAAUGGAUACCUCCUUUUGGGGUAUUAUCUGCAUUACUUGUAUUUAUCACGAGACGAAUAGUUGAGAAAUAUAAAGGCAAAAAACCAAAACAAGAGUAG